AUGCGACCAAACCCCAGGGAAAAUGGGGCCUCCGAGGGGCCCGUGAAUGUCCCGCACGCAAAGAAGCCUCGGGUGAUUCGGACGACCGUGGGGAACGACUCGAGUUGGUUAAAAGAUCUGAUCUAUACGACUUGGGUGGAUACACCAAAGGCGUCAAAGCCUGAGAUCCGUCCCCAGCGGCAUCUUAGUAAACCAAUUAAAGGUGAACAAGGGAUGGAAAAACAAGAUAAGAAAACCCUUUUCAAGGCUUUUUUCUCCCUUUUUUCACACAAAAAGGUUUCGUGA